CAACUCAGUUGAGCAGGCUGUGUACCAAACGUGGCUGCUGUUCUGGUCCAGCUACAGUAUGAGGUCUCGGGAUUUUUAGUCAAGAAAUUUGAAUACGAGAUCCGAAGCUUACGCCGAAGAUUUACCUCGGAACAAUUAAUGUUUUCUUCAUCCAUCUGGAAACAUGAAGAGACAAAACGUUAGGACUUUGUCACUGGUAGUCUGCACCUUCACUUACUUGCUGAUUGGCGCUGCUGUUUUCGAUGCACUCGAAUCCGACACUGAAAGAAGACGUUGGGAAUUUUUAUCCGAGGUGAGGAGAAACAUGAUGAAGAAGUACAAUAUCACGCCUGAAGACUACCGAAUGGUGGAGAUUGUGAUAAUCGAGAACAAGCCUCACAAGGCUGGUCCGCAAUGGAAGUUUGCAGGCGCUUUUUACUUCGCGACCGUUGUUCUUGCUGUGAUUGGCUACGGUCACUCGACCCCGGUGACGAUCGGAGGCAAGGCCUUUUGCAUGGCUUAUGCAAUGGUGGGAAUCCCCCUGGGUCUCGUCAUGUUCCAAAGUAUCGGUGAACGUCUCAACAAGUUCGCAAGUGUCGUGAUCAGAAGAGCGAAGCGGUACUUGAAGUGCCAGAGGACUGACGCUACAGAGAUGAACCUGAUGCUGGCUACAGGCAUGUUGUCCAGCAUCAUAAUCACCACUGGGGCUGCAGUCUUCUCGCGCUACGAGGGUUGGAGUUACUUCGACAGUUUUUACUACUGCUUCGUCACCCUGACCACUAUCGGCUUUGGGGACUACGUCGCGCUUCAGAAUGACCAAGCGUUGUCUAACAAACCGGGGUACGUGGCCUUGAGCUUGGUCUUCAUUCUGUUCGGCCUGGCCGUCGUUGCUGCGAGCAUAAACUUGCUGGUACUUCGCUUCAUGACAAUGAACACCGAGGACAUCAGGAGGGAUGACAACGAGCUUCAGUCAGCCUCGCAUCAUGUUUUAACCUUGGACGGUGAGGUGGUGGCGGUGAACGGCAAGCUCUUGGCAGGCCGCGUACCGAUGAUCCAUGACACCGACGACUGCGUGAGUGUCUGCUCUUGCACUUGCCUGGGCACAACCAAUUCCGAGAUGCUCGACUCGUCGGGCUAUCAGGGAUACAGACCGCCGUCUAUCACAGCCAGCCUCCGCGUCAAGCGGGCGUCUGUCUGAUGGAAACAGUUUCAUCGCCGCAGUCUUCGACGGCGUUUCUCACGAGUUGACAGCCGCGAGUUCCUUGGUAUCGACGUCUAGCUUCCUGGUUUGCGGGAUGAUUGUUUGGUUGAAAUACAUCCGGGAAAUAAAUGGGGGGAACUUAAAGGUGACAAGAGAUACGUUUGUACGGUGAGAAAUUAGCACAAUUGGCCAGGAACGAAUUACUCGGGUCGUUCAUCCUCGACGCAUUAUUUCAGGAAAGAGUUUUGCAGCGUCAUUUAUACAAACUGCAAAUUUAGAAAAACUGACGAUUGCAAGAUGUUCAGAGCAAAUUAUCGCGUUAGGAGCAAAUGGUUUUAUUUUUUUAACAUUCUCAUCUGCCCCUGUAACCGAGUUUGACAGGAGGGACGAUACUAGAGUUGAAAGGUGGACUCAUUGAAGUACUCGUAGCAAAAAUUAAUAACAUUUUUUAUACCGGCAGUAGCAGUUAAUGAUAAUUUGAUAUAAAUUACUCUUCGGGACAAGCAGAAUGGAACAUUCUUUAAACUAUAUUAUCGUUCAACUGUAGAACAAUGAUCAGUACAUUACAAUGUGCGCUUUACAUGACAUCAGAAUUGUGUGGAUAUAUCGCGGUGACUAAACAGUGACUUUACCUCAGACAUACCGUGCCCUUUAUCUCUCACUGUCUAUCAAAGACGAAGUGACAAAUGACAAAGUGAGUAUGUUUAGGGUGUUUCAAGUUAAUUUGCUGUACGUGAAACAAGGAUACUUGGAAUAAAACUUAUCAACACAUGUGAAAA